AUGGCGAGGAAAAUAUUGUGCGUGGCUGAAAAGCCCUCGAUUGCAAAGGCUGUUGCGCAACAUUUAGGUGGAGGAACGGUUGGGACACAUUCAAUCAGGGGCAAUCAAUACGUAAAGAAUUAUCGCUUCAAUUUCGCCUUCAGUCCACCAUGGGGCAAUUGCGAGGUCACAAUGACGAGCGUCCUAGGACAUCUGCACGAGAAUGAAUUUGCCCCGGAGUUUAAGAAUUGGAAUGCUCAUUCACCUGCUGUGCUGUUCGAGGCUCCCAUCAAUGGCAGAGUCGCCACCGACAAGAAGGCAAUAGCUGAGAAUAUUAGACAACAAGCUCGCUAUGUGCAUUCGCUCUUUAUAUGGACUGAUUGCGAUCGUGAAGGAGAGCAUAUUGGCUCCGAAAUCAGGAUGGCCGCGUGGGAAGGGAAGCCUGGUCUUGAGAUCAAGAGAGCCAAAUUCAGCAACACCGAGAGAAUGCACGUCAUUUACGCCGCUCAGCAUCCGGUUCAACUUGACGACCGGCAGGUCAAUGCUGUUGCCGCAAGGAUAGAGCUUGACCUUCGACUUGGUGCAGCCUUCACGAGAUUCACUACCCUCACACUGCAGACCCUGGGACCGCCUUUAUCUAGUGGGACUGGAGAAAAGAGUAAGGUGAUCAGUUAUGGUUCCUGUCAAUUUCCUACGCUGGGAUUUGUGGUUGAUCGCUACUUCAAAGUACGAAACUUCCUUCCAGAAAGAUUCUGGAGUAUCCAAGUGACUCAUCAUCGAGACGGGAUUGAUGUGAGCUUCUCUUGGAGGCGCCGUAGAUUGUUUGAUCGGCCUGCUGCUAUUGUCUUGUUCGAGCGGUGUAUAGAUGCAAAGCUGGCAAAGGUCACCAAAAUUCAACAAAAGCCCACAAGCAAAUGGAGACCACUACCAUUGACUACUGUAGAGUUACAGAAGCUUGGAUCUAUGUUCCUCCGCAUGAACAGCUCUCGGGUCAUGCACAUCGCCGAGGAACUAUAUAACAAAGGCUGGAUAAGUUAUCCACGAACCGAGACAGAUCAAUUUGAUCGUGGCAUUGAUCUCAAGAAGCUCGUGGAAAAGCAGACCCAAGACCGUACUUGGGGGCCGUACGCUCAGGGCUUGCUUGGAGGGCGCUUCAAGCAGCCCCGUAGCGGUCGCAACAAUGACCAAGCUCAUCCUCCAAUUCAUCCAGUCAACUAUGUGGUGCCAUCCUCAUUACAAGAUGACGAGCGUCGAGUGUAUGAAUUUGUGGUCCGUCGAUUUUUGGCCUGCUGCUCAGAAGAUGCAAAAGGUCAUACUACAACCAUUGAGAUUGCUUACGGCCCAGAAACCUUCUUCACAAACGGUCUCGUUGUACUGGAACGAAAUUAUCUUGAUGUUUACCCGUACGAGAAGUGGAACAGCAGCCAGCCGUUACCCCAAUUCCGGCUUUAUGAGACCUUUGAGCCUACAGAGGCCAACAUCACAGAUGGUAAAACCACAGCACCAGGCUACUUGACCGAGCCAGAGCUUAUCAGCUUGAUGGACGCGAACGGUAUUGGCACUGAUGCUACCAUGGCGGAGCACAUCAAGAAGAUUCAAGACCGGGAGUAUGUGCAGGCGAACACUGGCUCACGAAGCACUACUGAGAACAUCGGUAAUAAUGACAGGGGUGGUCGACGUGGUUCUGGCACUGUUCAACAGUUCAUUCCUACAACGCUUGGGGUGGCGCUAAUUGAGGGCUACGAUAGCAUAGGUCUGGAGACCAGUCUCGGCAAGCCCUUCUUGCGAAAGGAGAUGGAGAUAAAAAUGCGGCAGAUUUGUGAUGGGACAAAAACACGCAGUGACUUUGUGCAAGAGACUUUAGAGCAGUAUCGAGAGGUCUAUGCGAAGGCAAAUCAACAGCAAGAUGCGCUGAAGAAAGCUGCUAGAAAGUAUGUACUGAACGAGCAGGUGUGA